UCGCGCGCGGGUACCAGUGUUCCAUUGUAGAUUACGUAUGCAGCAAGUUUGCGUUGAGAACUGCGGCCUGUGCGGAUUAUCCUUUUUAAGGAGCAUAGUUUAUUUUGCCAGUCAUUUAGAAGUCCAAAUUAUACUAGUGACGAUGUUUUCAUCUUCAGGAAAAGGCGGAUUCGACAGAGCAUUGGAAAAGGCCACAAGUCAGUUGUUGUUGGAGCCUGAUUGGGACGCUACCCUGCAGAUAUGUGAUUGUGUCAGACAGAAAGAUGUCACUGGCAAGUAUGUCAUCAAUGCUAUUCGCAAGAAGCUGUUUGAUAAAAACCCAAGGGUGACCCUGUAUGCUCUUCAGGUUCUGGAGUCAUGUGUGAAGAACUGUGGGGCAACAGUUCAUGAGGAGAUUGCUUGCAAGCAGUUCAUGGAUGAUAUGAAGGAACUGACGAGGUCCAGUAACGAUGGCGUGAAGAACAAAGCGCUAGAGAUGAUCCAGGCUUGGGCUCAUGCUUUCAGGAAUGAAUCCGGCCUCAAGAUUGUGGUAGAAACUUUCAACCAGUUAAAGGGAGAAGGGAAUACCUUUCCACCCCUGAGAGAGAGCGACGCAAUGUUCAUGGCAGAGAAGGCCCCAGAGUGGGUUGAUGGCGACAGGUGUCACACCUGCCGCACUGAAUUUGGAGUUGUACAGAGAAAGCAUCACUGUCGUCACUGCGGCCAGCUCUUCUGCAGCAAAUGUUCCUCCAAGCAGCUGCCUAUCCCCAAGUUUGGGAUUGAGAAAGCCGUCAGGGUGUGUGACCCUUGCUACAGCAAGCUGACCAGCCGUACUGAGACAACCUCUGGUUCCGGGGACAAAGAUUCCGAUCUUCCCUCUGAGUAUCUGAACAGUCCCUUAGCUCAGCAAUCCCAGGCCCCACCGCAGCGUAACGAGAGAGAGUUACAGGAAGAAGAGGAGUUACAACUAGCCAUGGCGCUGUCGCUGGACGCUGCAGAGAACAAGCACAUCAUUAACAAGGAUAAGAGUGGAAGUAGUGGACCCAGGUCCUCUCCUCCCCCAGCGACGUCCUCCGCUCCAGUCAUGGAUCCAGAAGCAGACCCUGAGCUUGCUCGUUAUUUGAACCGCUCCUACUGGGAGCAGAAGCAAGAAGAGAACGUCAAAGCUUCGGCCACGCCCUCGGCGCCAGCCAACGCCCCUGAGCCUACACCAGCUACUGCCCCGCCCCUAGCUCAGUCUGUGUCUGCACAGCCUAUGUAUGCCACAAGUAAGGUGCAAGAGGUUGCCCAAAACGGUGAGGUACCAGAUGACAUUGAGUUCUUGAGAGCAUUGUCUACCAACAUGGACGUCUUUGUCAAUCGUAUGAAGAGUGACUCGUCUCGUGGUCGUAGCAUCGCUAGCGAUACGUCAGUCCAGACAUUGUUCCAUACACUCACCCAGAUGCAUCCUCAGCUGUUGAACCUACUUCAAGACAAAGAAGACAAGAGAGCCAAGAUGGAGAAUCUUCAGGACAAGCUUGCUCAGAUUCACGACGCUAGAGAAGCACUGGAUGCAUUGAGAGAUGAUCACAGAGAGAAGAAGAGACGUGAAGCAGAAGAAGCCGAGAGACAGAGACAGAUCUUACUGGCUCAGAAACUGGAGAUAAUGAGACAGAAGAAACAGGAGUACCUGCAAUUCCAACAGCAGCAAGCUCUGCAGCGACUGCAGGAACAUGAGAGAGAACUUCAGAUGCGACACGAGCAACAGAAACAACAGCAACAGAUGCGACAGAUCCAGUACACAGCCUAUGCAGGCAUGCAGCUACCUCAAGGUGGUAUGAUGGCUCCCCCACCCCAAGGGAUGAUGUCACAACAGCAGGGGAUGGUACCCCCACCCCAGGGGGCUAUGAUGCCACCUGGCCAGUAUGCGCCACCUCCACAGACAUUCAGCCCGCCUUCUUCAAUGCAAGGUUCCCCCGCCCACAGUGGUUACACCCCCCAACAGCAGGCAUACUCUGCCCCACCCCCUGCCAUGGAACCUCAAUCCUCCAUCCAACCCCCAUCCACCACCCAACCUGGUUAUAAUCAGGCCUAUCCACAACCGCAGCAAUCAUACCAACAAGUCCCCCAGCAAGUCCCCCAGCAAGUCCCCCAGCAAGCACCCCCGCAGGGUGGGGCUUACCCUAUGGGGUACCAUCAGCAACCCCCGUCCACCCAGCCGCACCCCUCACAGGGCCCGCCUAGUGGUACCUACUCACCCCUCUCCUCACUGGAUUACCAAACCCAACCACAGCAGCAACAACCUCCCCAAGCUAACAAUCCUUACAACAUGCAAGGCAUGGCAUCCUCCUUACCCCCUACCCAGCAGUACGGAGCCCCCACCCAGGGGGGAAUGUAUCAACAGCCUGGGGUAGAUAUGCAGUAUGGAGCAAACCAGGGACAACAACCUGUCACACAGGCCCAGACACAACCCCAGCAAAACCAACCCCAAGAAGCAUCUCUCAUAUCCUUUGACUAGAACCCCAGACACACCAGCGGUGACAGAAAAUGACUUAAUAUUCAGCAGUGUAGUCCAAACAUUCUGACUAACAGUUGAAUAAAUUAGGAUGUACAUGUACACAGAAAAUGAAAAGUAAUUACUUUAAACUGAUUCAGAGAUGCGAUACUUUUUCAGUGGUAGAUUGGAAUGUGCAGCCUCAAACGUUUAACGCUACAUUCAAUUUAAUUAUGAAAGCUAUAUCUGAAUUCCAAAUUCACCGGCAUUGUCCAAAAUGAUCACGGCUAAUCCUUUUAUCACUGUCUUCUAAUCUUGGGUGUUGACAAGGCAGUUCACUCGCAUUGAUUUUUUAGCAAUUAACGGUGAAGUAAUCUGUACCUAUAACCAGUGCAUUUAUUGAUAAAUAAAGACUCUUCAAGCUCUUGAAAAUUUCUCAAGUAAGUACAUGUAGAUCUUAAUGAGGCCUGAAGUAGCUUUGUACAAGUAUAUCAGAAGUAUGUCUACAAAGUCAUGAUUAUUACAUGUACAUGUUUUGAUUAAUGUUUAUAGCCCUCUAUACAAAAAAAAGCUGGUACACGUAAUACAGGAAAAUCAAUCAAAGUGAACAUGAUUGAACAUUAAUAUCUUUGCGAUUUCAUCUCAUCCAGAAGAGAUGUUAUAUUCAGGACAUGUGAAAGCAAACAUCUUCAGCUCAGGUCCCUGAGGGACGUGUUCAUAUUCAUCUCGGAGGGAUGGGGCCCAAAAUAUCAAUAUCAGAACCAAUUCACUUCAGCCAGUGGGAUGCACAUGUGAACAAGAAUUGGCAGCUUGUUGUACACACUACCUGUAAGACGCGUGUACUGUAUGCACAUUAACGUCCUAAAAAAUGAAAGGACAAUAGUUUGCACAUUCAAAAAUGCUUAUGUGAAUCGGAUACAUUAGGAAAAGCAAAUGAACCGUUGCAUGUAGACCUGUAAAUUGCUACAAUUGUUAAGUGCUUGAUGUAUUUAAGCAUUUUGUAUCAUUCAAAAGCAUGUUUACAUGGUGAAUUUCUCAAUUUUAAUUUUUAAACUCUUUUUAAUUUUGUUCCAAGUUCCAGUUUAACAUUUAAAUUUAUUAGCUUUGAAGUCGCAAAGUGUAAUGAACAGUCUUUAAAAUGAAAUAGAGUAUUGUGAUAAAGGUGUAUUCUGAAUCAUUUUCCUUAUAUUCUGGACAUUAAUUAUGUAUGUUAUUAAUACAUUGGUGUUUGUAAGGCGUGUGGAUGUACACUGCUAUUAUGAAUUUAACUAAAAAACUAAAGUAUCACCCAAAAAUCCUUAUAUUGAUUUGAAGUAGUGGCCUGUUAUUUGGGGGUUUUCCGUCGUUUUGCAAUUAAACAAUUAUAAACCCAAUUAUUUAGAAAUGUUUGCCAAAAAAUAAUUCAGAAUGAUUUAAUUUUGUUUAUGAAAUACCACUUCCAUUUCAAGAUACAGUUAGACUUGAUUUUUUUUUAUUCAGCCUCUUUACAACCAACAGUGCACAUCUCAAAAAGAAAUCCCACUUUACAAUCAUGCAUACAGAUACAUCGAUAACUUAAGUAUUUUAAGGCCGAUUCCGUCUUAACCAAAUUGUCAUGCGUCGCAAAUUUUGUGAUAUACGUUGUAUUAGCAAUAUUUGCAAUGUAAUUAGAAGUUGACACAGUUUAACAUCAGUGUAUUUCACUCAAAUGUCAUAAAAUAAAAUUUGCUUCAUUAGA